AUGAGAGGCCCCCGGGCUGGCGAUAUCUCCAAACCCAGACGGGGGGCCCUCGGGCAUGCUGCAGCAGCAGCAGCAGCAGCAGCAGCAGCAGAAGCAGCAGCAGGGGCAGCAGCAGCAGGAGCAGCAGCAGCAGCAGCAGCAGCAACAGCAGCAGCAAAAACAGCAACAACACAGCAGCAGCACUACCACCAUCACCACCACCACCACCAUCAUCAUCAGCAACAGCAACAACAACAGCAGCAGCAGCAACACCAGCAGCAGCACCACCACCACCAGCAUCAGCAGCAUCAGCAGCAGCACCAGCAGCAGCAGCAGCAUCAGCAACAACAACAACAACAUCAGCAGCAGCAGCAGCAUCCGCAGCAGCAGCAGCAGCAGCAGGAGCGUACAGUGCAGCUGCUGCUGCGCUGCAGCAUACAAACGGAGACGAUCCCGGUACGAUCCCGCACCCCACACGGGCACCCCAAACCAGUGCUGCAGCAGCGCGCGCUCCAGUGCACUGCAGCAGCAGCAGCAGCAGCAGCAGCAGCAGCAGCAGCAGCAGCAGCAGCAGGAGAGGAAGAAACAGCAGUGGAUGGUCAGAAACAGAAACAGCAGCAGAAACAGCAGCAAUAG